GCAGAAUUCAAAAAUUCUUACUUUUCCGGAAUUUGUUCUUCUAUAGUGGUAAAGAUUCCUAUUUGCAAUCUCAAAUCGCCGUUGAUUUAACAGACGUGGAAAAUAAAAGAUUUCUGUACAAGAAUGGAAGAUAAAUCAACUUCUCGUUCUUCUAACCCCACAACUUCUUCGUCUGAUUCCGCUACUGCAUCAACUAGUGAAGAGAAACCGAAGGAACAAAAUCCAACCAAGGAAAAGUCAAGAAGCGGACUUCGUAUACAUGUGCCAUCUCUAAAUUUCCGACCUGAUUUAUCUCCAAUUGAUGAAGAUACAGAUUCGUGGGAGAAAGAAGACAUACAGCUUCUGUACAUAUAUAUGAAAUUUAAUCGCCAACAAGAGUUCGCGACCUUUUUUUGGCAGUAUCCCAGAUCGUUAUAUUAUAAAGGUGAAAUUCCACCUGUAGAUCAUACAGGAGAUACGCCUCUGCAUUUUGCUGCUAAACUUGGAUACAUAGAUUGUUGUAAAAUCUUGUUGUCCCGACCAUUAUGUGACAUGACAGUCACUAAUUAUGAUAAUCUAACUCCUUCUGAAGUAAUUUGCGUUUCCAUGAAAGAACGUUCUGAUGAAACUUUUGAAAAGAUACAAGCAUUGUUCAAUGACGGUUUAUUCUACGUGCCGGUUUUCCGCUCAAAUGCAGGGUUACAGCCAAUAGUUGGCAAACCUCGCAAAUGCAAGGAUUUUAGUUCGCUGGAAAGGAAUUUUGGAGUUAAUUUCAAGAGGAAAAUAAAAGAAAGGCCUCUUUAUAUUUUAAAUGCCUUUGCAGGACCAAUGCCAUUUGAAAUGGCUGAUAAGUUUUAUAAUGCUUUGAAGAACCGCUCAUUAUUUACGCCUGAAGAACAACGCCAGUUAUUAAAAAUACAACUCUUAGAACCUAACAGGGGUGUAGAAAGAAUUGCCAGGAGUUUUGCAAAAGAUCUGAAACUAGAAUGGAAGGAAUUUUUUCUUCCACUCGAAGUUUUUAUUAACUUGCAAGAAAAUAAAGGAUUGGACGUCUUUGAAAAAUUUUGUGAAAAUAGAGAGCAGUAUAAUCUUCCUUCUGGUUCAGUACCUUCAUCCUUAGAUGAUGAAAAUACAAUGAUUGUGACGAAGCAAAUGUCAUUGCUUCGUCUUUAUCCUUCUCAUGUUAACCCACUUUGCCACAGGGCAAACUUCCUUUAUUGUUAUCAAAAGAAAUUUUUUGAAGCGAAUGCUCAAGAUUUAACUGAAGAUGGCGAUGUUGCUGAAUUAUUACCCUCUUCUUCAUCUGAAAUGCGUGAGCAGUCUCAAACUCUUGAGUCAGAAAAUAAUAUUUUUAUGAAUAGACUUCAUUUGUCAGAUUUAGACAAAGAUAUUUAUGUGUCUUUGAAGCAAGUAGAGACCUCAACGUAUCCCAAAACUGAGGAAUGGAAAUGUAAAAUAGAAGCUCAUUUACAAACAAAAGUGAAAGAGUUUCCUGUGAAUGUCGAUCUUUUCGACCCAUUGAAUCCAAUUCCUGUACCAAAGUUUCGUGUCAGUGAGACGGAUUCAGUAUCGCAUGAAGAAAACGUUUAAAUAUCUGAAAACUUUCAUGCUAUUCGAUAUUUAUAUUAAUAAUUUUAUGUUUUUUUAUAUAAUUUUAUGUACUAUUUGCAUACUUUAUACAUAUGCAAACAAAAUAAGACUACUAUUCUGCACUUUAAGAAGCACUACUACUAGCCUGCCCUACUUUAGAAACUAAUUUUGGACAGCUACAAAAUGUUCACCUAUACUUGUUUUGUUUUAAUUUCGUUUUAUCAGAGGCAAUAUUUUAAAAAACGUUUGCAUACAUUAUACAUAUGCAAGCAUGAGAGAAAGAACAUUUCUAGUCGUGACUUUUAUAUUACUGAAAAUGUUUAUGCUAAAUAUUGUUUCAUGU